AUGGCUACAAAUUCUGAGAACAGUAGAAGAAUUACCAGAGCUUCCGGGAUUCAUCCUCGCAUGAUUUUCGUAGCCAGGACCACCCUACCACACGACAAAGAGGCAAAUCAGCGUCCAUAUCUUGCUAUCAAGAAGAUACAUAACCAAAUUAUAGCACUGCCCUUGACCUCGCUGGAAAAGAAGAUCACCGAGAAUGAGACUUACAAAGAGAUCUGUAUCCGCCACAAACGUAGUGAAUGGGAUUACUUUGCUAUAGCUCCCAACACAAACAUCUACAAUGAUAGUAUCUCGCAACCUGCAUUCAGCUCCGAAAUACACACCUAUAGCAAGGGCUGGAUCGACCUCAUUACCCCCAUGACUAUUGGAACAAAAAACAUCGUUACCGCAAAGCGUGUCGACGAGAUAUCACAGGUCGACCUAGAGAAAAUCAUAGCUGCCCAUGUAGCUCGGAUGGGGUUUCAACAAAUUGGUGGUGGUGGGUGUUUGGGUAUCGGUGCUCGAGCUUCGAAUUCGGUGCUGGCUCAGGGUUUUCAAAAAAUCCUGAAUAUAACGAAAGCCCUUCUACAUGCCAGUGAGAAUAAGGAGGCAACACAGGGAGAAAAUGAGAGGAGGUAUGCGGAAGUGAUCGGUAUAUGCAAUGAUUUGAUUGUAACAUAUCCACCCUCACCCCCACACGAAGCGAUAAAUCCAUUAGAUAUACCUAGCGAAAUUGAUCUUCAUGAUCAGCUCCCUACUAGGAUAGGCUUGAAAAGACGGCGAAGAAGGAAUACAAAGUCGAAUGGGACCUGUAACGAUGGUCAAUCGGAAACUCGCAGAACCGACGACCCAAAUGGCGGAGGCGGGCCAAGUGGAGGCGGGCCAAGUGGAAGGGGACCAAACGGAGGCGGGCAUGUUACCUCCCAUACUGAGAACAAACCUCGGGUGGGAAAGAGCAUAGGCGGUGAAAGCAAAACUUCAGCAAAGAAUGCAAGCCCUGUACACUGUGCAAACCGAAAUCUCGCAAGUGAAUGGACCGACGCGGAUUGGCAGCUUAUAGAAUACGAAUACGAAGACGAAGACGAAGACGACGAGACUUCUACUGAGGAAAUAUCGGAGGAGCCUUGGCAGCUGUUAGAUUAUGAACUCUCAUAUUGCGACUCCGAGUCAGACUCGUAUAUUUCUUCGUCUGAGCUUGAUGGUCCGGAUGUUGAGAGUUGGAGGGAGUCCUUGCCUGAUCCAGCCCAAACGUCAUCUACAGAGGCCGCUGUUACGGUACAGAAUAAUCGAAUGCUCAUGAUUAUGCGAUAUCUUGAUGCACUGAGGACAUAUAGGAGGGGCGAAGAAGGAAUGCUUGAUUCCAGGGCCCAAGGCUCUCCAGAUAAGUCUCUUUUGUCUUCAAGCGAAAUGCUUAAACCUGGGUGCAUUAUAAGUCCGCCAGAAACCAAUAGUUCAGACAAAUCAUUCACCAGUACAGAAUUAUUAAGUUCUGAGAAAAGCUUGCUUUCGAACACAAUGGGGAAAAGGCCACAAAAAACAGCUACCACCAUAAACGCUACCUGUCCCAAAUGUAAGAAAACUAUCACCACCGGAACUCACGGCAGUAAAUUCUCCGUUGAAGCUUUCUGCGAGAAAUGCAAUAAUAGUGUCAAUGUAAGCCUACUUCAUACUCCCUUACCAUUACCGCACCAACACCAAAGCUUCAAUGAACAGGAGGACGGAAAUGUGAAUGUGCAAGACAAGUAUCGAAUCGGGCGGGCCUUUGGAGAAGGCUUCGACAAGUUAAUCUUGAAGAAGUCUCCUCAAGCCGUAUUAACGAACAACUGGUACUCGGGUCUAGUAAAACGAGUGUUGAUGCAAGCGAAUCUCAAAGAACGGAAUGUGCUUGCGGAAUCAUGCUCAAAAAGUUCCGCUUUUAGGUUUGUGUUAAAAGAAGAACACACCGACGAGCAAGAACGCGAUAAGAUUGGGAACCGCGCAAUAGUCGAUGGUUGUCAGUCGGUGCUUGAGGGGGAACAUGAUGAGGAUAUUCUUUGCUUUCUGGAUGAAGCAGGCUAUGUGGAUUUGGGUAGAGAUGAAUACCUGCCGGCAAACUCGGACGUACUCAUUAAUCUGCUUAGAAGCUAUCCGCUAACAGAUGGCGACCCUGAUAUUCAAGCUCUUGCUAGACUUUCCCUUACAAAUGAUAGCGACCUGUUGCUGGAACGGAUAAAUUUCGCGCUUCCAAGGACUCGUGAUGAUUGGCUAGCAACAGACAACGUCUGGAAUCAGGAAGUAGUACAGUCUACAUCAGAACAACGUCUUCUUCUUCAGCAAGAUGGAAUGAUUAAGUGGAUACGUUUCUUGAUGUCGACCCUUGGACUAGGAGAAGCCCAUACUAGAGAGUUCAUGGAAGAGGAAGGAUCUUCAAAGAUUGAAAAAGACUUGUUAUGUCUUCUUGAUAGCUUAGGAGCGAAUUUUGAGUUAGCUGUUGAGAGCGGAAGUGGGAAAAGGGAUGGACAAGGGUAA